AUGUCACGCCAUGCAAUUCCUGCGCCGGGCACAAGGUCGCCCAUGAGGAAGGCGGCCAUGAGAGAAAUGGACAUGCGUGUCAAAAACAAUCAACGCGGCGGCAGAAAUCCCGGAACCUACAAUCGCCCACGCACCAUUUUGCGUGAUGGGAAAAAUUUCGAACUACCUCCUGUGCUCUACGGUGAGAAACCUAUCACUGUACGUCCAGAUAACCCUAUUAAGUCGUUACUUCGAAACGAUCCAGAGAGUUCAGACUGGAUCCCGGAUGGUCUCGCACAGGACCCUGUCUAUCGUGAGUUCGAACAUGAACGAGCCCAAUGGCAGCGUCAAGGAUUCACCAUCCCUUGCAAACACGUGCCAGACCGCAAAGCAAGAUAUGAAAAUGAAUUCAUGUUCUGGCUUCACGUGCACCCUAAUCGAGAGCGAUAUAAAAAAGAGCUCUACCCACGCCGAGAAAGUCCACGCUACAAACGACCUGAAGACCGCAGAAAUGGCGGCAAUGAUGAGUAUUGGCAUGGCAAGCCGCCUAGGCUUGAUGGACGCGGCACUCAUGUACGUGGACAGCAGCGGUACCCAUGGCAAAGAUACCACCACAAUCAAGGCCGCCCGUCGUAUCGCGGAAACCAAACCCUCGACGUGCGAGACCCCAGGAACCGCCCGCCACUUCCUACAAACGAGACCUGUGAAAUUCCCGGAGACCGAAUGUACGAAGUUCACAGAGAAAGAGACAACCAGCCGCGUAUGGUACGCAGAGUCCCCAUAGCUGGAGGUCUUCCGCCGUACUUUGAAAGUGAGUUGUACGAUCCUCACGGAGAUAGAGUAAGACAUGCACCGCUUCGCCCCCAUAGUAGGGACCAUGUACGCAAGCCGCUAAGAGCGCAUCCUUGGAUGUACGAUGAAGACGAGCCUCGAGACGAGCACAGAUCUGCCUCAAGCCACCGCUAUCAUUGGGGCCGCGAGGAAGACGAAGGAGAAGGAGAAGGCGAAGGAGAAGGAGAAGGAGAAGGAGAAGGAGAAAGAGAAGAAGAAGAAGAAGAAGAAGAAGAAGAAGAAGAAGAAGAAGAAGAAGAAGAAGAAGAAGAAGCCAUAAGCCAAGUCUCAAGCGAAAGCUUCAUGCGCACCCGCCUAAAACCCCUCGUCGUCUAUCCAGUCCCACCCCCUUACCACCGUCGCCCUCCAAAACAUCCCCGCCGUAACGGUCGCCACGGAGACGACACCGACGAUGAAGACGAAGACGAGCAAUUCGGCAGGAGGGGCGCAUACGUGGGCCGUAGCAGAGAUCCCUACGCGAUUGGGCGUGAGAGAAGGCAUUUCGGCCUUGGGCCUCGAGGCUGUGAGCGGGAAGAUUUGGAGUAUGCGCUCGGCGGUGACGAGGAUGAUGAUGGUUAUGAUGGUUGA